AUGGCUCCUUCUUUCUGUUCCAAAUAUGACCGUGGACACGGGUUUUUUUCUGUGUCACUGGUGUUGGUGGCGUUGACGAGUUUCGCUUCGCAGAGUUGCUACGCACUUCAUUCGUUCGGGUUCGACAUACACCACCGGCUCUCCGAUCCGGUGAAGGAGGUUCUCGGCGUUGGUGACUUACCCGACAAGGGAACUCGCGAGUACUAUGUUGUCAUGGCCCACAGAGACCGAAUAUUUCGAGGCCGGCGUCUCGCCGCCGGUCCCCAUACUCCUCUCACCUUUUUCCCCAGCAACGAGACUUAUCAGAUUGAAACCUUUGGAUUCUUGCAUUUUGCCAAUGUUUCCGUUGGGACUCCACCCUUAUCGUUUCUGGUGGCAUUGGAUACUGGUAGUGACUUGUUCUGGUUACCUUGUAACUGUACCAAAUGUGUGCGUGCUAUACGAAUAUCAAACCAGAUAAUUGAUUUUAAUAUCUAUGAUCUUAAAGGAUCAUCCACAAGUCAAAAGGUUCUGUGCAAUAGCAGCUUAUGUGAGCUACAGAAACAGUGCUCUUCAUCUGGUACCAUUUGUCCUUAUGAAGUAAACUAUCUAUCGAACGGUACUUCAACUUCUGGGUUCCUGGUGGAGGAUGUGUUACACUUAAUUACAGACGACGAUCAAACAAAAGAUGUUGAUACACGAAUUACUUUUGGUUGUGGCCAAGUUCAGACUGGUGCUUUUUUAGAUGGGGCAGCCCCAAAUGGUCUGCUUGGACUAGGAAUGGGAGAUGUAUCUGUCCCAAGUAUCUUAGCCAACGAAGGUCUCACUUUAAAUUCUUUUUCAAUGUGUUUUGGACCUGAUGGUCUUGGAAGAAUCACAUUUGGGGAUAAUAGUAGCUUGGUUCAAGGAAAAACACUAUUCAACUUAAGGGCAUCGCAUCCUACUUACAACAUUACCGUAUCCCAGAUUAGUUUGGGAGGAGAUGUUGCGGAUCUUGAGUUUCAUGCAAUAUUUGACUCUGGUACCUCGUUUACAUACCUAAAUGACCCAGCGUAUACGCAGAUUACUAACAGUUUUGAUUCAGUAAUUAAACUACAACGGCACUCAUCUUCUAGUAGUUCUGAUGAGCUCCCCUUUGAGUACUGUUAUGACUUAAGUUCAAACCAGGAUGUUGAAGUUCUCAUCAAUCUGACCAUGAAAGGUGGAGAUACUUUUACUGUCACAGACCCUAUAGUAACAGUCACCGGGGAGGGUGCUAGCUUACUUUGUUUGGGUGUCCUGAAAAGCAACAACGUGAAUAUCAUUGGACAGAACUUCAUGACUGGUUACCGUAUAGUGUUUGACCGUGACAACAUGAUUCUGGGUUGGAAAAAAUCUAAUUGUUAUGAUGAUGAACUCUCUACUUUACCUGCUAACCGAUCACGCUCCUCUGCUAUUCCUCCUGCCAUAGCCGUGAAUCCUGAAGCAACAUCAAACCAGCCUAAUGAGCUGUCACCUAAUCUCUCAUUCAAGAUAAAACCUACUUCUGCUUUUGUGAUGGUCCUUUUUUUGUUUUUGGCCAUACUUUGA